AUAAACAUCAACACACGCAUCCAUCAUGUCUUUGAAACGUAUUAACAAGGAGUUGGCCGACUUGGGCAGAGAUCCACCAUCCUCAUGUUCCGCUGGCCCUGUCGGCGACGACUUAUACCACUGGCAAGCAUCUAUCAUGGGUCCUCCAGACUCGCCUUAUGCCGGAGGUGUAUUCUUCUUAUCCAUCCAUUUCCCUACUGACUACCCAUUCAAACCACCUAAGAUUGCCUUCACGACAAAGAUCUACCACCCAAAUAUCAACGGCAACGGUAACAUCUGUUUAGACAUCUUAAAAGAUCAAUGGUCGCCAGCCUUGACCAUUUCCAAAGUGUUGUUGUCCAUCUGCUCACUUUUGACCGAUGCCAACCCCGACGAUCCUUUGGUGCCAGAAAUAGCUCACAUUUACAAGCAAGAUAGAGCCAAAUACGAAGCCACCGCCAAGGAAUGGACUAAGAAGUAUGCUGUUUAGGUUUGUCCGAUUGUCUAUUGGAAUAAUGAAAUUUUUAAUGGUCAAGAAAGAGAAACAAAGCCAUUGCGAUGACGGUUUCAAAACAAACGCUUCAAUGUGUUAUAGAUCUUGAACGUAGUAGAUUGGAAUGUCGUGGUGUUGGUCAUUAUUUUUACAGCUUAAUAUAUACAUAAUGUCAUUCGUGGUC